AUGGGUCGCAAGCCAAAUCCCAUCAUCUGUGAAUACUUCACCCGUGGACCCAAGCUCACCGACUCGAGCAACCGCUACCCGCACAAAUGCAAACUGUGCGGUGAGAAUUUCCCCAAAGGACGUGGCGAGGCUCUCACAAAACACAUCACCGAAAAAUGCCCAGCAAUCACACCUGAGCAACGCAUCAAUGCCGCCCUCAACCUCUCUGGCUUGCAGGCCCGCAGCCUUGCCUCUCGCCAUCUCAACGACCACGUUCGUGCCAGCAAUGGCAUCGCAUCAGCGAACGAAGCUCCCGAAGCGUGGGACGCCUUGCAGACCUUGGCUGAAGCCUCGCGCCAGGUUGGGGCAACGGAAAUGGUCCCCCAGAACAGGAAUCUGAUCGACCCCGCGAUCCAGCAAUUCAACCCUCAUCAUGGUCAGCCAGAUCACACCAGCGGAUUGGAACUUCAAGAGCAAUUCACGCUUGAAAAUCCACCCCCUAGCUAUGAGCAGCCCACCCAUCGAGAGAAGCCAAAUCACAUGCACAUUGAUGACGCUCUCACCAGUUAUGAGCUGCCGGAUCAGCGUGACAAACGAGCUGAUGAACAGAGCGCUUCCAACCUCUUAACGGCAGAACAGAAACUUGAGCACCUUCAAGUGGCAACCCAGCAACAGAGCCACGCUGUCUCGCCCGAGGACUCGGCAAGUCUCAAUGCUGCCGUAGCUGCUGUUGCUGCGGCUACCGCACGGCUCAACCACCAGCUGCUUGACGAGAGCCGUGACGGACCAUCCAACCAGGAAAUUGCUGACGCACUUGCCUCGCCCAUGCGAGAGGUACAGCCCGCACCGCUUUCAAUGUCGCCCGUUCAUGUUCGAGGCGGCACCCGGAUGUCCAUAGGCAAUGGCGUCCGGAGCGAGCACAAACGCAAGGCCUACAACCCUGUUCGGCGCAAGGAGGUCCAAGCCGCACGCAAGAAGGGAGCCUGCAUCAGAUGCCGAAUCCUAAGAAAGACGUGUGGUCUCAACGACCCUUGUGACCAAUGUCGGAAAAUCCACGGGCCCCGGCACUGGACAUACCCCUGCGUGCGUACUCAUUUGAACCAGUCGCUGACGCUGUACUCUGCGGGACUCGUUGUGGUGCUUUCGCAGAAUAGAGUCAACCAAGCACGCAGCGCCUUUGAGCUGAUUCAAAACGGAACCAAGAUUCGCGUCGCCAUAUGGAAUGAUAGCGUCCCCAUGAGCCUGUUCGCCUUGGUCACUGCCAGGCCUGCUUCUCCCACCGAGGACUUGAAGGCCGAGGAGGAAGCCGCAGAGCCAGCGAAGAAGGAUGAAGCGGAGGUCAAACACCAGGCCAUCAUGAUUGACCAGGACAAGGAAGACUUACCGGCUCGCAUGGAGACCUAUGUCCGCGAGAUGCUGCCUUUGCUCAUCGAGCGCGAAACCUCUCACUUUGUCCGCGUUGUGCUCGAAUUCGCUCAGAAAGCUGAGCAGAAGACUGGCGAUCUUGUCACACGUGCCCUCGAACUCUGGGGACUCAUCGAGAUCCUUGACCACGAGCGCAGCUGGUCCAUAUCCGAGGAACAGGAUGGCAAGUUUGUCGCUAAGAAGCCCGAUGACCACGGUGGCUCCACGCAGGACCUCUAUACGCUCAUGACCUGGCAGCUUUCGGCCGCUGCCGAGCGAAAGGCAAACGCCGUUUCGCAGAAGCUCGUCAACGAGCUGCAGCGCUGUCUCGAGAACGGCAAGGUGACGCUGCACUUCGACGUGUACCUCACGAUUUUACUUCUCCUUCAUUGCUUAGAGAAGACGACUUGGACUAUGAAAGUCUGGGAGAUGGACGACUUUCGUCAGCGCUGGCCCCUUGACCGCCCGCCUUCUGCUUUUACCACCCAGGGCCAGGAGAUUGCCGAGUUGCUCAAGAUGCUUCUCGCUCUUCGGAAGGCGCACCCCAAAACGUUUCGCGGACACGGAGGCCUGCUCGAGGUGUUCGAACCGCAGAGCCAGGCCGUUGCCGACUUUUUCGGCAAGCUGAGCCUGCAGUACGAUGAGGUCGUUGACCGCCUCAAGGGAAACUCUUUUACCCCGCGAAGCUCAAGCUCCCUCGAGUUCCAGUUCUCUGGCAUAGUUCUGCUCCCGCGGCAGGAGAGCGAUGCCGUGGCCGAGCAGACGGCCGUACCAGCUCCAGACGUAGCUCAAAGGCCGGACCACGCCAUGUCCGGAUAG